CUGGUGGCGCACUACAGUCAAAACAACUUGGAGACGAAAUCACACCAAAAUCAGGAGACCUCGUUCGGCUCUCUUAGGAACAGAGCAGAAAAAUAUCCUUUGCAUCAUAGUUUAGCGAAUGUUUUAACAACACCUCGCUCAGGGUUGGCUUUUUCACUAGUAAAUGGCCACGACUGUGAACUAAACAUGUCAGUGAAGAAAAAAAUACCAUUGCCUUUCAUGCCUUAGAACGGAACUCAUAAUUUGUAAGAAACUGAAAUGGCAGCGUCUUCCAACAAGCGAGUGUGUCUUGCUAGCCGGCCAGGAGCGAAUGGGAUACCUACGGUAGAGAACUUUCGUGUGGAAGAUUGCCCCAUGCCAGAGGUUGAAGAUGGCCAGAUUCUCAUCAAACUACUCUGCCUAUCUGUCGAUCCCUACAUGAGGUGCAGGAUGAACAUAGACACAGGCACGGACUACAUGUCGCCAUGGAAACUAGACGAUACCAUUGAGGGAGGAGGGGUGGGUGUGGUCGUCAAGAGCCGCAGCGCUGGUUACUCCAAGGGUGAGGUGAUCGAGAGCUUCCACUUGCCCUGGCAGCUUUAUGCAGCGCUGGACGUGCAGGGGUUCAACUGUCUCAUCGUCAACAAGGUGGAUGUCGCCCUGGUGAAGAAGCACUGGUCCCUUAUGCUCGGCCUGUACGGCAUUUCAGGCAUCACUUCUUACCUUGGCAUCAAAGAGAAGGGACACGUGGCACCAGACGGCAGCCAGACAUUUGUCGUGAGUGCCGCAGCGGGGUCCUGUGGAUCACUUGCUGGACAGAUAGCCAGACUGGAAGGCUGCACAAAUGUGGUCGGCAUCUGCGGCAGCGAGGAGAAAUGCACCUACAUCACCCAGGAGCUGGGCUUCAGCCACGCCAUCAACUACAAGACGGAAGACGUCGGGGAGCGAAUGCGAGAAUGCUGCCCUCGAGGGGUGCACGUUUACUUUGACAACGUGGGAGGAGCCGUCAGCGACGCCGUCAUUCAGCAGAUGACGCCCGACUCUCACGUCAUCCUCUGCGGUCAGAUCUCGGUCUACAACACCGACGUCCCUUACCCCCCACCCAUCCCUGCCGAGACGGAACAAGUCCUGACCGAGCGCAACGUCACCAGAGACAGGUUCCUGGUCCUCAACCACGUGGAUAAAUUCCCUGAUGCCGUGCAGCAACUCUGUGCCUGGUACAGGAAAGGUGAAAUCAAGUACAAGGAAACAGUUGCUGAAGGACUUGAGAACGCCCCCUUUGCAUUUGUGUCCAUGAUGACUGGAGGAAACGUAGGCAAACAAAUAGUCCGUGUGGCUGACCUAUGACCUUAACUUCAGCUUGUGUCUCUCGUAUGCUAACAUCUGAGAAAGAAAUUAUUAAAUGCCCAGCUGAUGUCUGCUAUCAAGCUUCCGUACCCAUUGCCGCUUUUAAUAUUUAAAUGUCAAACUUGGCCCACCCCCAUGAAAAAUGAUUGGAGAGUGUCAUUCUGUCCUGUAAUAGGCUGCAGUAGAUGGGCACUUGGACAGAGAUUGUGUACAGCUGUGACUGGAAGCUUUCAGUCAAAAAGACUUAAAUCUAAAAACACUGAAAUCUAAAAAUUAUGUGAAGAUAAAAUAGCUAUUGGACUGGUACAUGAAUGAUCGCCUGUGGCAUAAAUGAAGAAUGGAGAUUGAAGACGCAUGAGAGGCAUUAUUUCUGUGUACUCCGGUGCAUCUGAUAUAAAGAUGCUACCAGAUUGGGCUCAUUCUGACGAAAAAUGGUCCGGCACACUUUUUGAAAUGAGUGCAUAAAUGUGCAAAUAAAUGUGGCAGUUCGGUGCAUCCUUACUCUCGUGCUCUUGUGAGAAAGCCAGUAAGUGUGGUCAGUCAGGUGCAAAACCGUCUUUCUUUCGUAACCUUGGACCUGGUCAUCUCAGACUCAGUCAGGAAACUUGGGCAUUGUCCUCUUGCUUACAAUUAAGAGCAUGUCCUAAAAGUUUUGCAGCAGAGGUCCAGGUAAACAUAAGAGCACUGCAAAGUAUUUCAAAACUUUUUACCCCAGAAUUAAAUGCCCCUGAAAAUUUAUUACCACUCUCGGCAAAUUAAAACAUGGAAACCACGUAAGUGUGAGCUUUGCAGUGUAGAAUGUUUACUCACGAUCUGUAUUCAGUCAAUCCCUUUUCUGUGCCCUUGGUACAUUGCCUUAACCUGUCCUGGAGUUCAAGCAUAAUUGCAGUGUUAGGCUGUCAACUUUGAGCAUUGAGUGACCCAGUGGUGAAAAAUUGUGGUAUAUGAACGGCUUGAACACUCCAACCAAGAUCAGUUCACACAUCAAACUUUUGCAUUUUGCACAUUCAUGUGAAAUCCUGCGUGCACAAGGCAAGUUGUACCCUUCACCAGUUUUCAACCAGUAUUCAAUCAUAUAGGAGGCCCACACUCAAGCCAGGCAGCACAAAUUUGAACCUAUGUGGUAGCUAGUCAUUGUCACUCAACGAAAGUUGAUUCCCUUUGUUGAGGGCCUUUUUAUGCAUAUUUGGGCUGAAUUUCUUUUUAUUUUGUAUAUAAUUUAUACAAGCCUCUCGUAGAAAGCUCUAGACACACACUCAGUGGAAAGUGGGGACUAAUGUAUAAAUUCCCUAGCUUCUUUAAGAACGGAUUGCAUCCAUAGUCGAGAAACUGUUUAAUUGCUUUGUUUGUCCAGGGAGAGUGUGUGGUAACAGAAUCACGGUAAUUCCAUUGAAAAAUAAAUCGUAUGCACGCUUUUGAUCUGUGUGCCCUCAUAUUUAUAAUGCAUAUCACAUUGACUUUCAGUAUUUGGUACUGAAAGUACUCUUGUUGGCACUGAGUGCAAAUACAGAAAAAAAACAAGGACCCGAGUACGAGUCGAAACAAUGUGGCACUUGAGAUGUAGGAUACUCAUCCAGAACUAGUACUUCAACUUUUACUCUUACCCAUGAAUGCGUACUUGAUUUGGAUUGAAGAGAUAAGGUUUCAUUCACACACAUAAGUGUAAAUUAAAGCUUCACGGGGAAACUAAUUCAGUGGCGCGUGCACCCAGGAUGUGCCGUGAGGGGGGCUGGUAUUUUUGUUUUUGACCGGAAUUUACCCCUUGAAACAUCUCAUGAUGUCCAAGCGCCCUUCCCCGUAUUGUGCUGCAUGGGGCUGGAAUGUAAGGCCGUAUCAGAGUUAGUAGUUUAGUUUCAGAUGUAGGUGUAUAAUUUUAUCUUUGUUUAAAAUAAAUUUGACAAAUUGAAAACCUAAUAGGAGCUCAAGCCCACCCCCUUGGGUGCUCCUUAGUGGUCUAGCACCUCGAUACUGAAAUUGUAGACUCGUGUUUCUGUUUUAAUACUCGUACUCAGGUUCAGCUACGGCGUUGAGUACAGUCAAAGGAAUGAGACUCUCUUGGUUACACUUACAGCAAAUAUAAAAAUGUGUACACCCUACCUGAGAAAAAUGAGCAGCUCAAAAGCUGUUCAGCAGUAGUCUGGUGCUUUGGCGCUAGUACUCACACUCGGUGUACUCGCAUGCAACCCAAGGGAUGAGCUUGUAUUCAUACUGUUCUUAAAUUUCUGAAUUUUAUUGGAUUGAAGUCAAAGAUUUCAAGAGUCUUUAGAAUUAAAAAAAAAUAUCAUUAACAAAGUAAAUCACUAUGCAGUGCCUUUGAGCAAUUUUUUUUUUCCAAUUGUGCAUUUGUGUGUGAACUUUCUUUUUUUGUGUGAAGUAAAAAAUGUAUAUUUUAGGAAUGGACACUCAAGCAAAAAAAAAAUUGCAAUUAUUUUGGUUAUAUAAAUCAUACAACGUUGACUUUUCUAAAUUACUGAACUGCCUUGUUGAACAAAAAUAUCCAUCACGUUGAAUGACAUUUGGAUUAAUUUGUCUGUGGCCUAGACAAACAGUAGUAUUUCCUUUGAACAAAUGGAAAAUUCGUGAUGAAUUAUAUUAUGUCAGUUUGUAAUUGGUACGUAAAAUUUGUAGUAAACAUUAACCCCCCUGCAUUUGGUAAAAGCUAAAGGUGAAUUAUGUGUGUAAAGUAUCAAAGGUGUAUGUGUACAGCUGUGUUGUAUAAUGUGAACUAAAAUAAAACAUCUGCACCAGUUCAGUGUUCAA